UUUUNAUGAAUCAGAACUCUCCGAAUCAAACUGGUUUAAUUUAAGAACAAUAAUUAUACUUAGUAUGACAACAAUUGAAAAUUCGAAUAAUUCGUCCAGAACUUCAAUUAAUUAAUUCUAACCCCAUGACAUCAUUUAAUUACGAACUGGCCCCUACAAUCUUUAUAUUCCGACAAUACCCUUGCCUUAUCCACAAAUCCUCCUCCUCUUUAUAAAACUCACGCCCUCUGCAAAGCCAUCACUUCACNAAAAAAAAAAAAGCUGAACGAAAAUUCAAAGCAGAGAAAAAAGUAGCUAAGUUAAAAGAGAGAGACAUUGUAGAGAGAGAUGACGAAGGAAGUGAGCGAGGAGCCUCCGAUCCACGGCAAGGACUACGUGGACCCGCCGCCGGCGCCGCUUCUCGACGUCGGCGAGCUCAAGCUCUGGUCCUUCUACCGAGCCCUCAUCGCCGAGUUCAUCGCCACGCUCCUCUUCCUCUACGUCACCGUCGCCACCGCCAUCGGCCACAACAAGCUCCACGCCGCCGACCAGUGCGACGGCGUUGGAAUCCUCGGCAUCGCGUGGGCAUUCGGCGGCAUGAUCUUCAUCCUCGUUUACUGCACCGCCGGGAUCUCAGGUGGUCACAUCAACCCGGCCGUGACGUUCGGGCUUUUCCUCGCCCGGAAGGUCUCCCUGAUACGGGCCGUUCUGUACAUGGUAGCGCAGUGCCUUGGCGCGAUCUGCGGGGUCGGCCUGGUGAAGGCCUUCAUGAAGAGCUACUACAACAGCCUCGGCGGCGGGGCCAACUCGGUGGCCCACGGCUACAACAAGGGAACCGCGCUUGGUGCGGAGAUCAUCGGCACCUUUGUGCUCGUCUACACCGUUUUCUCCGCCACUGACCCCAAGAGAAGCGCGCGUGACUCUCACGUCCCGGUCUUGGCUCCACUGCCGAUUGGUUUUGCCGUGUUCAUGGUACACUUGGCCACCAUCCCCAUCACCGGCACCGGCAUAAACCCGGCGAGGAGCUUUGGUGCGGCUGUGAUCUACAAUAACGACAAAGUUUGGGAUGACCACUGGAUUUUCUGGGUUGGGCCGUUUGUGGGAGCAUUGGCAGCGGCGGCUUACCACCAAUACAUACUGAGGGCUGCGGCCAUUAAGGCCUUGGGAUCCUUCAGAAGCAACCCAACAAAUUAAGCCCAUGAAAAGAAUGACCCAAGUGUGAAGAAAAUUAUGAAUUGAAUUGUGUUCUCAUUAUUAUUAUGUAUGUGAAUUAUUUAUUGCUACUAUUUGUUAUGUUUGUUGGCUUUGUGUAAUGAGAAGAGAAUGUUUAAUUAUGAGCUUUAUUUUGUUGCCUUAAUUUCUACAGUUCAUUUUCAUUUUCCUUCGUGUGUUAUUUUCGUUUCCCUUUAUGUGUUAGCUAGCCUGUUUAUUAGCUAGCUUGUUAAUUUUUUUUUUACUACAUUCUAUGAGUGUGGUUGAUUAAAUGGUGAAAGAAUGGAUGAACUUUCAUAUUGCCUAGGCGUGUCUAAUCUAAUGAUAAAUAUAUGAUUGAA